AUGAAGAUUUAUACAAAGAGAGAGAACAAAUAUGUAGUUCGUUAUGAUAGAACAACACCGUUAUGGGAUGUUAUGAAAACAUUGUGGGAGUGCAAAUAUUUCGAACCUAUUUCUUAUGGAGAACUUUUCACAUAUACGACUGACUUAUAUAAACAGAACCUUGCACCAUUUAAAGAUUUGACAUAUGCUCCAAAGUAUUGUGUACAACUGAAGAAGAAAGCCGAGUCAAAAGAAGUAAAUAAAAAUAAGUGCAAGUUCAUUCCUGAGCACGUUUUCUUUGCUGACUUUGAGUGUAGCACAGACGGCUUUCAUAAAGCUUUUAACAUAUGUUACGACAGUGAAGAUGGUUCAGUGAGUGAAAGCAUUUGGGGUCAGAACUGUGCAACAGAAUUUUUGGAACGACUUCCUGACAAGAGUUUAAUAUAUUUCCAUAACCUCAGUUAUGAUAUAAACUUCAUCUUAAGACACAUGACAGAAGUGAAAGGAACUCCCAUCAUUAAAGGUUCACGAACAAUGCAAAUAACUGGCUUAUAUAAAGGAAGGUCAAUUAUUAUAAAAGACUCUUACAGUGUUAUAAAUAAGAAACUUAAACUAUUUCCUGCUAUGUUUAACUUACAAACAGGACCGAAAGAAGUAUUUCCAUAUAACUACUACAGCAGUGUUUUGUUAGCAAAUGACAACAGAACUGGUGUCAUUUCUGAAGCAUGUAAGUUUAUCCGGGAUGCAGAUACAUUCAUGAAGAACAUAGAUUCCAUCAAAGGUUGCAGAAUAGAUGAAAACCACUUCGACUUAGAAAAAUAUAGCACGUUUUACUGCAAACAAGAUGUAAGAAUUUUAAGAGAAGGUUUUGUUAAGUUCCGCAAUGACAUAUUGAAAGAAUUUGAUUUAAACGUAUAUGACUACGUUAGUAUUUGUUCUAUUGCUAACAAAUUGUUUGAGAACAGAGU